AUGCGCCAGGCCAACCUGGCCCUGCCCAACCCAUGCCCGUUCGCGGCCUUUGGCUCAGUGAUUGUGAAUCACACUACGGGCGGCUUGGGAGACCUGGUCUGCACCGGCGCGAACAACAAUGCUGGCACAGGCAACCCGACUCUGCAUGGGGAGAUGGCCGCCAUCGACAACUGCUCGGCAAUCUUUGUAGAUCCCCAGGGUCCAUACCGGAUGACGCCGGCUCAGGCCCUGGCCGUCUUUGCCAACCUGACCAUCUACACCAACGCCGAGAGCUGCCCCAUGUGCGCGUCGGCGGUGCGCUGGGCAGGCUUCAGGGAAUACGUCUUUGGCACGAGCAUCGAGACCCUCACGGAGGAGGGAUGGGGCCAGAUCCAAAUCACUUCCAGGGACGUCUUCCGGCAGUCCUCGGGCUUACCCCGCCGAACAAGGUUGCUUGGUCCGGUCUUGACGAACGAGACAGACCCCUUCUUUAGUUGGCAGUUUAAUGCGGGUGCGCCCUGUCCGCAAGGCUGCUCUCGGGGCGGAAGUGCAGGCGGUUGUGUUCCUGCAUGA